CACAUGCGUUUUUUGAGUGAAAUUUCUAGUCAUAUGAUCGGAUCGAAAACACCAGGUAUUUUGUAGUUACUGAUAACUUAAAUUUUCAGUUAUGGCGAUGCAGGACGUCUUCAAUAAAGUCAAAGGCACAGCAUUAGGAGUUGCAGAGUAUCUCACGCCAGUAUUGAAGGAGUCUAAAUUCCAAGAAACGGGCGUUAUUACACCAGAGGAGUUUGUUGCUGCUGGUGAUCACUUAGUUCAUCAUUGUCCAACCUGGCAAUGGUCAAUGGGGGAAGAAUCAAGAGUCAAGCCUUAUCUUCCAAAGGAUAAGCAGUACUUGUACACUAGGAAUGUCCCCUGUUACAAGCGCUGCAAGCAAAUGGAACACCAAGAAGAGAAUGAAGCCAUCGUCGAGCCAGAUGAGGAUGGAGGUUGGGUCGACACCCAUCACAAGGUGGACCCAAGUGGAGAGAAGGUCACAGCAGGUGUACAAGAACAGUUCUCAGAAAUGAAGCUUGACUCCGAUAAGAACACUAAGCCAUGUGCACCAGUUGUCACUCAGGAAAAUGAUGAUGAUGAUGAAGACGAUGAAGAAGAAGCUGAAGACAUGGAAGCUUUUGAAGAAAGUGGAAUGCUCGAAAAUGAUGAGGCAACACUUGCAGUGCCAGUUGCUCCAGUGAGUCAGUCAGAGUCAUCAGAUGGUGGUACUGAUGCAACUAGUGGUGAGGGAAUCCUACAGACCCGCACAUAUGAUAUGUAUAUCACUUACGACAAGUACUAUCAGACCCCAAGACUAUGGCUGUAUGGAUAUAAUGAGAAUAGAAAGCCAUUAUCGGUGGAGGAGAUGUAUGAAGAUAUGAGUCAGGACCAUGCAAAGAAGACAGUGACAAUAGAAGCUCAUCCUCAUCUUCCCAUGACUAUGGCCUCUGUUCACCCUUGUCGCCAUGCUGAUGUGAUGAAGAAAAUUAUCCAGACAGUGGCUGAUGGAGGCGGAGAGCUGAGUGUUUAUAUGUAUCUGCUGAUCUUUUUAAAGUUCGUACAGGCCGUUAUUCCAACAAUAGAGUACGACUACACCCGCCAAUUCACGAUGUAGUUACGGAAUAAGUCUAGCACUAAAUCACAUGAAUAUUUGGGUGCCAAACUCACGCCUAAAUACUCUCAGAAAUCGCUGCGGCCGCCGAUUCUAUAGGCGACGAAAAGAUAAAAUCUUUAAUUAAAAAAUAAGACCUUUCUGGCUGAUUCCUUAGCGCUUAACAUUUUUUUUGGUGCUGUUAUUUACCUGUUUGCCACCGAAGUCACGUGAUUUCUUAGUGCAAAAAGUGUGAAAAUAUGUUUUCUUAGACUUGCCUUGGCCGUUUUGAUUUUUAAUUUUAAUAUGACAGAAAAACCACAAAGAAAAUAAAUUAAUUAAUGAGAUACUGACCCGGACCCCACCCUGCCAAUGUGACGAGAUGAGUUCGCCCCGGUUGACACCUUUGUUGUUAGUUGGAAGAUGGUUAAUUUUGUGCGCAUAUCUAGUGGCUUAUGACCAGAGCUAAGGAUGCCCAUUUGAACUCAAUUGAUCCGUUAUUCUCUAGACACGCCCCUGUAAUAUCCAAGUGCACUUGCUAACCUUAUAUAGCAUAACGCAACAUGAUGUACAGACAUAAAACCAUCAUCCGACGGCACUUUAGAAUCAUGUUUUCCAGAAACAACAUCUUUAUACACAGCCAAAGGCUUCGGUGAGUGGUUCCAUAAAGGAAUGUAUCGAUAAAAACUGAUAGAAACAAAACUCACAACAAACUUCAAAAUCGCUAUUUAAGCAUUCUAUCAGGGAAAAAUAAAAUGAGAAAAAGACUCAAACACAAUAUUUUAAGUUCUCUUUUAUUUUUUUUACUAAAAAUAUUUUUUCAUCAACAUAGAUUUUCCCAUACUUUCCUUUAUACCACUAAACUGCCCAUAUUCGCCUGGGAUGAGUUGUAUAGCAUCUGAGAGUGAAGUGUUAAGAACUCCUUUGUUAUCAUGCCUUGUGAGUUUUAUGUGUCGCACGCACUGAAUAACCUGAGCAAUAUAUAUUUUUGGAAUAUCGAGAAUUGAAUAAUAACAGUUGUCGUUCUUCUAUUAUCAAUUUGAUUUAAAUUUUUUAAAUGUAGACCAUUUUACUUUUGAUAGGGCGAAGGGGGGCUCUUAGCAUAUUGUUAUUGGCGUACCGGAUUUGUGGAAAUUUUCUUUGGACCAAACGAUGCAGGAAGAAUUAUAAGUCCCGAAGGGUAUGCGGGAAUUACACCAAUUUACCAAUUGAACAAUCGAAAAUAUAAUGUAAGCACAGAUAAAUGUUCACAUUAUGUCAUGA